CCCCGGAAAAGGGAAGCGGAAGACUGAGCCAAAUGCUAAACAAAAAGUGAAGUUAGUAAAGUGCAGCACACCUGAAAUAAAGGUAUCGGUAGACAGACGUACGUGUACGAAGACAGCAGUUUAGAAAUGCAGCAUUUACGGGUCAUUUAUCGCGUUGAAAAGUACCAGUUAAGGUAAAGCGCGUGGCUAGCAGUUAGCUCCGUUUGACAACAAGACGCCGCUGCGCUCCUGAAACUGAUGACAACAAAGUAUUUCACGACCAGUUUGUGAUGAUUAUUAAAGCUUUCCUCCAGUUUGUGGCUCAUAAACCCGUACUGUUUGAUUUCAGUGAACAAAUCUGGAUUUGUGCCCAGUCCUCUGUGUUUCCUGCACUCUUUGUGAAAUGACCUGACUGUGACUUCACUGGUUCCAGCAUCAGAUGACUAUGGCCAGAAUAGCCUGGUAUCAAGAGAAGAUCGGGGCCUACGAUCAACAAGUCUGGGAGAAAUCUCUGGAGCAGGCGGAUCUAAAUGGUUUGGACAGCAAACCGAGGAAGACGGGUCACAUCAAACCGGACCUCAUCGAUGUGGACUUAGUAAGAGGAUCAACAUUCAGCAAAGCCAAACCAGAGAGUCCGUGGACCGCUCUGACUCGGAAAGGUCUGGUCAGAGUGCUGCUGUUCCCGUUCUUCUUCCAGUGGUGGAUCCAGGUGACCUCCAAGUCCAUCUCCUCAUGUAUCCUCGUGCUGUACUUCAUGCAAGUGGCAGCGGUGGUGCUGUACUUGGAGGUCCCCGGAGCGAGUGCCAGCGAGGUGUUUGGGCCCAUGUGUCUGAUGCUGCUGCUGGGUACCGUGCACUGCCAGAUUGUGUCGACCGAGUCCAGCCGGUGGCCCUCGGGCAGUCCAGCUGCCAGCUGCACCACCAGCCCUGCUCGCAGACGGAGGCCGAGGAAGGGCAGAGGCCUGAAAAAAUCAGAAGAAAAGAAUGACAGCGCAGACACGGAGCAGCAGGGGCCCUGGCAGUUUGAAGAAAGCCAGCGAUUAUACAGGAACGAAGAGAGGAGGACCAAAAGAAAGUCAGGUUUUGGGGCAUCUGAUGAGCUCUCCAGUGAGGAAGAGGAGGGCGUACAACCAGUGGAAGUAACCCUUCCAACACCUCAUCAAGAGAGACACCCUGCUCCAACAUGGACGACAUCUGCACCAGGGUCUUCUGUUAGGAAGAGAAGCCUAAAGUCUAACCCCAAACCAACAUUAAGACCUCAGCAGGAAGGGAGCGCCGCUUCCAUCAAGGCGAAGCCUCGAGAGGUGGAGCGCCUCAGGCCAAGUGUGGGCUCUCGUCCCGCCUCUGACACUGAUGAUACGCUGUGGGAGGAGCUUCUCCAGGGGCCUGACUCCGCCUCCACGGGGAGCAGCGACAGUGAGGCGAACGGGAGGUACAACACUGGCAUGACGCUCCCACAAACCACCACUCUGAGCAGUGAUGAUGAGAGCCUGCAGCAGGGAAUCACCGGAAACCAGCUGUCGUGGCUGCAGGCGUGUCACCCAUCCAAGGACCGUGUCAGUGCCAUAAUAUGGGAGCAGGGCGAGUGUAAGAAAGCAGACAUGUCUGUACUGGAGAUCAGCGGGAUCAUCCUCACACGGGUGAAGUUGGUGGAGCAGGGGAUGGGUUACCUUGUGCUUGGCGGGCUGAUGACCGCCACCCUGGCGCUGCUUCCCUUUGCCUUCCGCUUGGCUCAGCAUCUGGACCGGUCGAGCCUCGGCUCUCUGUCCCCGGCAGAGCUGGUAGAAAUGGCGAUGGGUCAGCGUGAUGCCCAGGCCUACGCCUUUUUCUUCAUCACAACGGUUCAAAGAGUCUGCCUCACUGGACUGUUCUUCUUCAUGAUGUGUGUGGCGGAGAGAACGUACAAACAGAGACUCUUAUUUGCCAAGUACUUCAGCCACCUCACUUCAGCUCGCAAGGCCAAGAAAUCAGAGAUCCCUCAUUUCAGGCUGAAGAAAGUCCAGAACAUAAAGAUGUGGCUCUCACUACGCUCUUUUCUCAGGAGACGAGGGCCGCAGCGCUCCGUUGACGUCAUCGUCUCCACUAUCUUCCUGUUGGCGCUUUCCAUUUCAUUCAUCAUCUGUGCCCAGCUUCUGCACAGCCACCAGACAUUCCUGGAGUCUCUGACAAACUGGGAGCUGAUGGUGUGGGCCUCCUCCCUCGUCCUCUUUCUGUUACGGCUCGCCACGCUGGGCUCAGAGACCAACUGCAAAUACAGCAACUCCUCAGUGCUGCUCACUGAACAGAUCAAUUUGUAUCUCAAGAUGGAGAAAAAGCCCAACAAAAAAGAAGAACUCAAUAUAGUGAACAACGUUUUGAAACUAGCUACAAAACUGAUGAAGGAGCUGGAUACUCCGUUCAGGCUGCUGGGUCUGACAGUGAACCCUCUGAUCUACAACAUCACCAGAGUGGUCAUCCUGUCCGCUGUGUCUGCUGUGGUCAGCGACCUGCUGGGCUUCAACAUCAGACUGUGGAAAAUCAAGCCUUAAUGUGAAAACAGCAAACCACUAACGGUCAGACACUGGAGACCAGAAACUCCUCCUGUCUGCUGCACACAACAGCGUCUCAUCACAAGAAAAAGUGCAAACCUACUGACUGUAUAAUCAUAUUGUCUGUGCCUUCCAGCUGAAACCUCUGUCUUUAAAGAGUUUCAUCAGGCGCUCACAAGCCUGAGAUGCUCUGACAAUCGCUCACACACCAUUACAGCUGGUGUCCAUGCACCAUGUCACUAACCCAGUGCCUAACCUUUGACCCUUGAAUGUCCCUCAGUGUGGUUAAAUAUAGCGGUGAGUUUGAGGUCUAUGAUCAUUUCAGGCUUCUGUGGCAUCCAGAUUUCCGAAUGUGCAGGUGUGUGGAGACAAUGUGAAGUGUACAUGCGGACGAUAAUGUAGAUAGUUUAAGCCUUACUCUAUAUUAGCACAACUAACUGUAAAACAAGCUCUGCGCUAUCUGAGGCCGGUAAAUCAAAAAUGGGCUGCCAGCUUAAUUAAAUUUUCAUAGAAGUGAACUUCGACCUUUUGUACUAUUUAAAGAGGAAACAACAUGAUUGUACGUGGGCUUUAUUUAUUUGGGGAUCUGUUUUAGCACAAACUUGUAAUGGUACCUGUAAAGUCAUGACCAGUAUCUCUUGUGUCGAGGACCAUCGUUGAAUGAAAUAACUAUGCAACGUUUGUAUAGUUCAAGGAGUAUGUUUGAUAGAGGUGAAUAAAUGUGUUUCAUCCACA